GGGGCGCCAGUAUCACCGCGGAAGUCGAUCGUGCGCGUGAGCGGAGCCUCCAGUUUUGAGCCUCCCACUACAUUUUUUUUUUAAUCCAUGUGUUUAUCAUCACAAGGAUGAGUUACGAGAUCAUCAAGGCGACGUGUUCAAACAAAAAUGAACUGUGGGAGGAUCCUGAAUUCCCGGCUGAAACGAACUCCAUUUUUUACUUCCAAAGACCGGCAUUUCACUUCGUCUGGAAACGACCUAUGGAAAUAUUCCCGAAGCCCUCAUUUAUAUCAUCGGAAAAAGGUGUUUCGUUCGAUAUAGUGAGCGGAAAAUUAGGAGACAAAUGGCUGGUAUCGUGUGUCAGUAUGCUGUACCUGGCGAAAGGACUCUUCCAGAAAGUGGUGCCUGUAGAUCAACAAUUUGAUACAGACUAUUCCGGGAUAUUCAGGUUCAAUAUUUGGUGGUGCGGACAAUGGAGAGAAGUUUUGGUGGACGAUAAGUUGCCAACUAUUAAUGGUCGUCUCGUGUUUCUACAGUCGAUGCAAACGCCGCAAGUCUGGCCCGCUUUACUAGAGAAGGCCUACGCUAAGUUGCACGGCUCAUAUGAGGCACUCAAGUAUGGAAACCUGCUGGAUGGACUAGCGCACUUGACUGGCGGCAUCACAGAGAGCCUCUCGGAUGUCAACGACGUCUCCACCCUCGAAGAAAUCCUCAAAGGCAGCAGCCUUGUCACAGCAGUGUAUCUUCCUGAGGCCCGUUGCCCUUCAAAACCUGCACUACAACCAGAGAUGAACUAUAGAAUUUACCGUGUAGAAAAGGUACACGGAGUGGAUGGACCACAUCACUUGGUGUUGAUAAAUAGACCAUUGAAGUCAGGUUCAACUAAAAUUUUGCAUCUAGUUGACAGUACAGUAUGGAAGGGGAUACCAUCAUACGAACGCGAACGUCUACUAUCUGACACUAGAGGCAUGUGGAUGUUGUUUAAAGAUUUUAAGCAGGUGUUCACGCAGCUUGAAAUUGUACACUUCGACGCAGAGACCGCUAGACUCGAGAGCUCGCUGACUGAAAAAGAAGCAUGGCACGUAGAAAUGUAUCAAGGCAGCUGGAGACGAGGAGUUACCGCAGGAGGCUGCAGAAAUAAUGGUAGUUUUCUUUCAGAUUUCUUUCAUAUGAACCCCCAAAUACAACUUAUAUUGAUGGAAUCGGCAACAGUGAUUGUUGCACUCAACCAGCACAGUAUAAUGGAACCGAAGGUGAUUGGGUUCAGCAUAUAUAAGAUACCGACGUACCUCACGGAGCCAGCUUCGCAGUCUUUCUUCAAAGGAAUCAAGAGCACGAUAAACUCGCAGUACACAAAUAGUCGCCAAGUGAGCCACAGGUGUGAACUGGAAGCGGGAACUUACAUAGUGGUUCCAACGACGUAUGUGCCCAGGGAAGAAGCGGAGUUCUCCUUAAGAGUUUUCUCGAAUGGACUGUUGGAUAUGAUGGUUCUGGAUUAUGAGCCUCAGAUGACGAAGCCCAUCUGGAAUUGCCCACUCCCCGGGCUGGAAACCACAGGCUUUGUACAAUACGAACCCCUAUUCCUGCAGUUGGCCGAUGAGCACAAGACAAUCGAUGUCUACGCAUUGCAAGAGCUGCUGGAGGCGUGCUUACCAAAUGACUAUAUUAAGAGUUGUGCAACAUUGGAUACUUGCAGGCAGAUUGUGCUGUCAAUAGACCAGAAUUGCACUGGUCGAUUGUCACUCGCGCAAUUCAGAGACUUCAUUUUCAGCCUAAGAGAUUGGCAGACGGUAUUCAGGACACAUACCAAGGAAAAGAUGGGAGUAUUGAGAGUGGAAAGACUACGAGAUGCAUUACACGAAGUGGGCUUCGUGGUACCUGAACAGAUACUAGCAUUACUUGUCCUCAGGUACAUGAGAAAAGACGGGAUGCUGAGGUUCGGGGAUUUCGUUUCCGCAGUGAUGCACCUUCAUCGCGCCUUUAGAUUAUUUUACUCAAACGAUGAAACCUCCUACAAAGGGAAAAUGAAAUUAGAUCUAUCCGAGUGGCUGAAAUACACAUUCAUGUGUUAACGGCGAAGGGGAAACAAGAACAUGUGAUCCACUAAAGAACAAUUAAAAAGAUUUAUAAAUAUUUGAGUAACAAACUCAAAUAGUGAAAAACAGUUCCAAACUAACUGUGCCCUGUGAGCGCAACCUAAGAGUGCACUAUAAUUUACUAGUUUAAGAGAUGACUACACUUAACAUAAAUAGAAACUACCGUCCAGUGACAUUUCGAAAUAAAGUGACUAUAUUUAUAUGUAUAGUAUAGUAAAAUUUAAUAAGUACUGAGCAAAUUUCUUUAAGUUAAAUAAAUAGUCGAUGCAUUUAAUUGUAAUACAAGAUGCCGCCGCUGAAUUCUGCAUGUAUAAAACUUUUAAAUGAAAGAUGAGCGAAAAUGUAAUACAAUGCAGCCGGGAUACUUGCUCUCAGCUACAACCAUGUUGCCAGAUGCAAACAUUAUUUACGGUAAUUUUUUUAAACCCUAUGUUGUAGUAUAGGAUAUAUCAGAAUUUUGCCUAUUUUCAUCUGGCAAUUAUAAGUUGCGACUAACUGAGAACUGGCAACCGUUUUGAAUUAUUUUUUGGCUCAUCAUUAUUUAAGUUUAUACAUUGUAUUUAAGAUUAUUUCCCCUUUAAAUUUUGUCCUCAUUGGCAAAUAAUCUUACAUAUGCCAAUGAGAAUUCAAUGGCGGAACCUUAGGCUGUAAGUAGGUAGUUUAUAAUUACGAAGUGCAUGCAACGAUCUCACUAUAACUGAAUAGAUAAACAUAUAGUGUAUUACUUUUUUUGUUUUUGUUUAAUAAUGAUAAUCCACCGAGUCAUUCUAUUGCUUUUCUCUUUAUAAUAUUCUUUAAGAAUUAAUUAUUUUUUUUACCAUUUACUUUUUUCUAUAUUUUAUAUAACAUUUUGUAGUCACAGAAUUGACUUUAUCUAUGGUACAGAAUAAUCGAUCAAGAGAACAGGCUAAGGUCAAAACUCAGUCAAUGAUAUUAUAAUAUGGGUAAAAAUAAAACCUAGGAUUAAUUAUAUACCUUAAAAUCUAUAUUAUAAUAUUCUUCACUUAGCCUUGACUUUACCCUAUCCAUAAAAGAAGUUAUAAGUUUUAGUCACUAAAAAAAAUACAGAUUUAUUUUUUUUCUAUCAAUCAAUGUCAAUCAAUAUUACGAAACGUACUGCACUGUACUGAACUGUGUACAUUACAAAAUAGGACUAUGAAAUUAUGACGUUUAUAAGGAACACUUUUAUAAUUUACCAUAGCACGGCACGGCACUAUUUUAUCUUCACGAUAGAACGAGAAAGCAAUAUAUACAAAUUUAAUGUAUCUUUAGUGCUUUAGUUCUGUCAAUGACAUCAUGACAUGAACAGCUUGAUAAU